AAGAAACUUGACAGCAAGGGAAGAGGGAGAAUAUGUUUGGAAAAGAAGAAGGAAAAAAUCAAAACAUUUUUUGUAGCGUCUUUUGCAGCUUUGUGGUUCGCAGCUUCGUGACGUCUUUCGCAGCAUUUUAGCACCCUUAUACGCAUUUGUAUUGAUAUUUAAGUUAGUUUUCUACAUGAAAAAGGACUCAAAUGAGAAAAAAGUCUCGGUUAUAAACAAAUUGUGUGGCAAAAAUCGCCAUUUGCAGGCUCUGCGUAAGUCUGGCGUUUUAUACCGAAGAGCCGCAAAACUGUUGAAGCAGUAUAAAGAAUCGGUGGAAGAUAUUGUGAAAGUGGUAUCACCAUCAGAACUACAAGCAGCGUCGACUUCACCGGAGCUGUUCGAUGGCAAGAAUACCGAUAUGGCAUCAUCAGUUGAUCCCGAACACAUGCUUUUUCAAGAAACUCAGGAUUUGGAACUGAACCUAAGUGAAUCGGAAGAUGAAGCAUCGAUGGACGACGAAGAUCAGAACAUAAGAUCUGAGGACGAUGAAAACGAUCCUGACUACACCAAAAUGACAAGCGAAGAGGGCUUACGGUAUUGGGUGCUAGCUCGAUCAGAAUCCCACGCAUCUUUAAAAAGUUUGCUAAAGUAUCUUCGAGCCAACAUAGAUCUCCGUGUGCCUAAAGAUCCAAAGACAUUGCUGCGGACACGACGAAAUCCUCGAAUCGACGAAUUUCGUCUAUAGGAAAUGGCCAAUUUUUUGUAUAAUGGAAUACGCCACUGCUUGACAAGUGAAAUGCGAAAACAUACCGCAGUGCCACAGACGCUUCAGUACGAUCUUAACAUCGAUGGCCUUCCUCUUAAUACGCGAUCUUAAACACAGUUCUGGCCA